UCAAGGGGGAUGCACUUCCAUUUUCUUCUGCUAAGCACUGAUGUCUACCAAAAAUACUGAUACUGAUAYUUCUCAUGAUUAUCGAUGUCAAGAGAAUACAAGCAGUGCGUCUUCAGUUUCCACCCUCCUCUGCCUUUCCCAAGUAAGACUCGCUGGGCGUUACUAACUGCGGAUCCCCUGCGUACUCCAAGAGCUCGGCCUCAACUGAGCGCAGCCCCAGCCCUCCCAGACCGCGAAGCGCACGCGCACCUCUUGGGGUGAAUUCCCGGGAGYCCAGGCCCCCGCCCGAAGCCAGGCGCAUGCGCAGCCCUCGGAGCGACGGCGCGCCGGGUCAAGGGUCACAGRCAAGAUGGCGGCGGCAGUGACCUUCCGCCAGCUGCUGUGGCUGCCCCGGGUGGCCCGGAGUUUCGGCGUGCGGGUGUCGCCGACAGGGGAGAAGGUCACGCACACCGGCCAGGUUUAUGAUGACAAAGACUACAGGAAAAUUCGGUUUGUAGGUCGCCAGAAAGAGGUGAAUGAAAACUUCGCCAUUGAUUUGAUAGCAGAGCAGCCUGUGAGCGAGGUGGACCACCGGGUGAUCUCCUGUGACGGCGGCGGGGGCGCCCUGGGCCACCCCAAGGUGUACAUCAACCUGGACAAAGAAACGAAAACCGGGACAUGUGGCUACUGUGGCCUACGGUUCCAACAGCAUCGUCAUUAGCAUCAGCACCCUGUCGCCCAGCACCGCGGGGUGCCUCAGCCUCAGGAGCACAGUGUAGGCGCCGCUCCCUGUGCAGGGGCCCUGCUGAAUAAAGACACCUCCCGC